AUGCCGCGGGUUGGUAUGCGAACGCAGCGGGACAUCGACUUUGACCCUUCUGAUAUGGUUGUCGAUGAUCUGAAGAAGGAAUGCCGCCUGCGUCACCUCCCUACAUCUGGCACCAAGACCGUGCUUGUUGAGCGCCUUCGCGAUGCCAUCGGCAAGGAUCCCUCUCUCCCAGCACACCGCCUCACGUCAUCAUCACGCCGCAAGAAGCGCAUCUCCAACAAGCGCGAGCCCCAACGUGAGGACUUUGCGACGGAGGACGAAUACAUGCAGGCGUGGAACCGUUGGCGGGAAAUCCGCGACCACAACAACGUCUCCGCCCUGCAAGCGCCGGAGAGCGUGUCUGCGGCGAAUCGACAGCGGCUGGCGCAGCUGCUGGCGCGAUUGGGCCCAAACCCACUUGCUGCCGGGCCCUCGGAUGCAGCAGCCUUCAUGGACGCAAAUCCAGCCAAGCGCCCAAAGUGAACGCACACACGCGUGCGUGGUUUGGACUGUGAUAAUGGCGUGAUGGCAUGACGAUGCGAUGAGAAUGCCAGCUGACGGAUGUAUGGAUGUUCGUAACUCAUCUAAGCAGAAUUGUGCGUGUUUGUGUCUGUGCUUUUUUGGUUUUCUUCGCCGCUGUCGGUAUUGGUGGAGUGCAAAUCCCUCGUGUUAUAACAUGGCGCGUGGGUCAUGGACGACCCUGCUCCCUUCUUCAUUGUCUCGCCCCUUUCCCUCUUCUCUUCACUUUCCGUCAUUUCUGUGUCUUGAGACGACACUUCUGCUGCACUCGUUGCGUUUGUCGUGUUGGCUGGCGAGGAAGCGCGGGCCGGUUACUGUUUACUGUUUGUCUGUACACACGAUGCCGUGGUUCCCUUAUGCCUUUGUUGUUGUUGUUGUCGUUGUUGUUGUUGUUGUUGUUGUUGUU